GGGAAGAUAAACUGACCAGAUUAAAUAAUUAGCGACAGUAUAUCCUGAUGGGGCGGCUUCGCAAAAUAAAAUAGCUAUGACAUAAAACAGUUGAAUAGGACUUGCUACUAUCGGCUCGACAUGACUGCAGCCAUAACCUCAAAGAGCUGACAGGUGAAAAUGCCAGCCGUGAUCCGGGACAAAGAGGAUGCUGAGUCCUCCUCAGAAGAUGAGCAGGAGGACCACCCAUGCAUUGUGUGGUGUGGCAACAGCAGGAAGAUGCCAGUCCUGGUUUUCCAAGCUGAAGCCAUUGUCUCCAAAGAUGGGAAUAUCCGCUCCAUUGGGGAGCGGUAUAACCUGGCCUUCAAGAUUGUCCGGACAGAGAGUCGGCUGGUGCGUGGAAUGCUGACCAAUCACGGAUUUCACGAGGUCCACCCGAACAGCAAUGAUUUUAACCUGAUGUGGACAGGGUCUCACCUCAAACCGUAUCUCCUGCGGAACCUGCUGGACUUUCAGAAGGUCAACCACUUCCCCAGAUCAUACGAACUGACCCGCAAAGACCGACUGUACAAAAACAUCCAGAGGAUGCAGCAGAUGCACGGCUUUAAGAACUUCCACAUCGUCCCCCAGACCUUUGUGCUCCCCUCUGAGUUCCAGGAAUUCUGCAGCUGCUUCUCAAAGGACAGGGGCCCGUGGAUUAUAAAGCCUGUAGCGUCCUCAAGAGGCCGGGGGAUCUACCUGGUCAGCAAUCCAAACCAGAUCCCAUUGGAUGAAAAUAUCUUGGUAUCCCGCUACCUCAGCAACCCAUUACUGAUUGAUGAUUUUAAGUUUGAUGUACGGUUGUAUGUGCUGGUUACCUCCUAUGAACCACUAAUUAUCUACCUUUAUGAAGAGGGGCUGGCCAGGUUUGCGACAGUCAAGUAUGACCGUGCUGCAAAGAACAUCAAGAACCAGUUUAUGCAUUUGACCAACUACAGUGUCAACAAGAAGAGCAGAGACUACGUCAGCUGCGAUGACCCUGAAGUGGAGGAUUACGGGAACAAAUGGAGCAUGAGUGCCAUACUGAGGUACUUGAAGCAGGAGGGGAAGGAUACAGCAUUGCUGAUGGGCCAGGUGGAGGACCUGGUUAUCAAGGCGGUGCUGAGCGCCGAACUUCAGAUCGCCACGGCCUGCAAGAUGUUUGUGCCCCACAGAACAAACUGCUUCGAACUUUAUGGCUUUGAUGUCCUCAUCGAUUCCAACCUCAAACCUUGGCUUCUGGAAGUGAACCUCUCUCCGUCUCUAGCGUGUGAUGCACCCUUGGAUCUGAAGAUCAAGGCCAGCAUGAUCUCAGACAUGUUUUCUCUAGUGGGCUUCGUCUGUCAGAACCCCUUAGCCCGACACCCUCGGCUUGCUCGAGCGACUCUUGACCCGGGCUCCAGGUACCAGGCCCAGAAAUGCCAGCGUCCGGUGACUGCGCAGCCAGGCAUGGGCAGUAUGAAAGGGGGCCAACGACCUAUGUCCGCUAGCGAUGCUGAUACCAAUGGACUGAAGGAGAAGCUUGUGGGGAGAAAGGGAGACAGCACUCUUGGCUUGACUACAGAUGAGCUGAAGGUGCUGAGGCGAAUAAAAGAAGAGCACGAAAGAAGAGGAGGGUUUGUUCGCAUCUUCCCCACGGCACAGACCUGGGAUCAGUACAGCGGGUACUUGGAGUAUAAAACAUCAAUGAACUGCAUGUUGGCGACCAGACUUUUCCCAGAGCGGAACGGGCUGAGCGGGAGCGUGCUGCUGCAGGUGGAGGCCCGGCGCCACGUAAUCCAGUACGAGCGGAAGCUUCCGUCCCUGGAGGCGCGCAGGCGGAGGCGACGGCAGCGGGCCGAGCGCUCGGCCCUCGGGAGGAGGAGAGGAGCCAGAGGAAAUAAGGCCCCCUCUCCUGAGAGCACUGGUGAGGAGGAAACUGGUGAAGAGGAGGAGGAGGAGGAGGAGGAUGAAGAGGAGGAGCAGAAACCUGCUCAGCCCCUGCCCGGGAAAAAACAGUCUGACCCUCCCCCCGUCGCACUCGACAAGCCACAGACAGAGUCUCAGCAAAGGGCAGCCCCCCAGAGGCCUGCUAGCCCACCACCGCCCAAACCCAAAAUCAACCUCCUCCAGAUCCUGCAGCAGGGCUGGGAUCUCAGUAAAGUACAGGCGCGUAUGGCUUUCUCCUCCUUCCUUCACCGGGUUCAGAUGAGACUCUUGGCAGAGAGCAGAGGAAACGGCAGCACAGCCUGGCCAGAGAAGGAUGAUGACCAAAUGGAGCUGGUGAUCCGCUUCCUGAAGCGAGCUGCUGGCAACCUGCACGAGGACCUGAGGAUGGUGCUGCCCAGCCGCCGUCUGCCCCUGCCGGACCGACGCCGCAUCCUGUCCCACCAGCUCGGGGAGUUCCUGCACUGCUACAACAAGGAGACUGAGCAGAUGGUCAAGAAUAUGGAGCAGCUCAAAGACGAGGAACGCUGCGUCGACCCAGAUAUUUUUCAGGAGUUCGUCACUGAGGCCAGCGAAAGCGAUCUGGAGGAAGUCCUGACAUUCUACACGCACAAAAACAAAUCUGCCAGCGUCUUCCUGGGAACGGCGUGCAAGAGGGCCAAAGCCAAUAACGGCCCUACGAGCUCGGGUGAACCAGCUGAGACCCAGAGCGCUGUCUCUGCGGCCAAUGAGGAGUCCGGUCCCUCUGAGCUGUUACCGCUCGCCGUGGGGCCCACCGCACCCCAGCUGCAGGUUCCCGUUUCCCAGUAUGCUCCUGUUCACCCCGUGGCCUUGGACUGCGCCCAUAUCCACCUGCAGCACCUGCAGCCCUCACCCCAGCUCAAAUCCCAGCCAAAGUGCACGGGCCCGCCCCCAGUCCCAGUGCCACCUCACCACCCGACGCACAUCUCCACUCCGCCCCCGGCCCCAGAGUCGUCUCAAGCCCCGCCCCCUGGGCCACCUCAGACGUCCGGCCCCGCUCCGCUUCCUCGUGCCACCUGGGCCACCGCCCGACACGGCUCCGCGCCAUUGGCCCACGCCGCUCCGGAGCCCGGCCAGAGGGGGCGGCCCAGCGCUCGAGCCCCGCCCACCACCACCACGGCGACGCUCGUUCCCAGCACCGUGCAGAUCUACAGCCAGAAGCUGUCCCGCCCCAUCUCAGCGCGGGCAGCCUCCAGGAAGCCCAGCCCCUGCAGGUCCAGGCCCAGCUCGGCGGGGAUGCUGAAGGACGUGCCCCAGAGCAGCUCCAACCAGCAGGCCAUCGUCGCUGCCCUCAAGAAGCUGGCGGAGAAACAGGCCGCCCGCCAGUACUCCACCUCCAGCCACAUCAGCCUCCUCACGCAGCACCUGACUAACCUGAACCUGGCCAAUGGGGCAUUCGUUAGAAGUAAUUUUACACUCAGCCCAUCGGCUCGUCAUGGGAUGGUGACCCACGGACCGGUCCGAGCCGUGCGCACUGACACCAGCCCAGUGAGGGGCCCGUGGGACGAUGGGGAUAGCCUGUGUGAUGGAGAUGGACAGGGUGCCUACAGCCUGGUCACGGGGGUUUCCCCGCAGCAACGCUACCACCCCACCUCAGGCAGCUACCAGCUGCAGUUUGCCAUCCAGCAGCUCCAGCAGCAGAAGAUGCAGUCCCGACAGCUGCUGGACCACAGUCGAGCUCGCCACCAGGCGAUCCUGGCAGCACAGGGCACUGCACCCCCUCCUGCCCCGGCCCCCCGUCCUCCUACCCCGGCCAGCACCGCAGCCGGCCCGCGUCUGACCCACCCGUCCCAGCAGAACCAGCCUCACACCAGGGGGGGUCCAGUUCUGGCACCCAAACCGCCCACCAGCCAUCGGGAGGGCCUUUUCAGAAAGACAGCAACACAGCGCCUGAACAAGCAGUGUUCUCCCGAGGCCCACGCCAGCGGCGCUGGAUCCAACGCGCAACAUGUCGUCUACGAGACCGUCUGCGGGAAAGCAGGUCUUUCCGUGUAUAGCAAACUGUUCCAGAGUUAUGGCUCCAAAAACAGGUGAGGGGAGUGUGGGAGGUGCCUGCUUGGUGCCUGCUUGCAUCAAUGAUCUGUGGAUCCCUGGUUUGUGUCCACACCUAGUCUGCUCCAUGACUCUGCAGUGCAUGCUGGGAAUGGACAAGAUCACAACUAUACCUUACGUGCAGAAAUCCAGGAGAAUGUGCCCUUAAAAACCAAAUGGGAUGUCUUGUUUGAGCCAUUGCAAGAACUGUCAACGUGUUCUCAUCAAAACCUACAAAACCUCAAAAGAGUCGCUUUUUGUGAGCAUUGUUUGGCUUAUUUGUAUGUUGGGCUUUUUUUCAAAGGUUGCUAUGGUGCCCUUGUGGAAAUUUUGCUAUGCAACCGCAUUUCAGAUAUGGACUGAGCAGAGCAGCUGACUAAACCUCUUCGUUUGAAACCCCAGGCUAUUAUUGAGCCAAUCGCCCUUUCUCCUAUGACACAGUGCAGAUACGCAGUCCGUGGCAUACGGGAUCCUUCUACUUGACAGGAGCUGGUUUCUGUUGCACUCCCCAAGACUUUCCGGUGGCCUUCUGUCUCCUCAGCCCCCCCCCCCACCCCAUUUCCCUCAAUGCGAGUGCCACUGUGGAAAGAUCAUGCUGACAGAUGCUCACAGACAGCCGUCUGCAGAGGGAUUCUGGGUAUCCGCAGCACUGCAUAUUGCAGUUACCAGUUAGGCAGAAGUAAAAAAGCAUGGUGAAAACCAAGUUUAAAACAUACAGAGUGUCUCAUCUGGAGGUAUACAUUGUUUGCCACAUCUUAUUAUCCCAAUACACAGAUUAUUUCCUGAGGCUUUAAAAACUGCAGAUAUAAUAGUCUGUAUUAAAGUACAGCUUGUUGGCGUCAAUGCUAUUUAGCCAAUGUCCGCUGGCCACAAACUAAUAGUGAUCAUUUCAGAAAUAUGUCCCGCCUAUGCCAAUUUCAUUUUCAGUUAAGAAGCAAAAAACUGAAGGAAAUUUUUUAGUGAGUUUUCGGAACACAAUAGAGCACUCUUACUUAUUAUGUCAUGCUACACCGGCAGUUGCCGACAUGUAUUUCAUACUGUCAUCUUCCCUGGGCGUUCUUUAACAAGGAUUUAUAAACACUAUUAGAAUAUGUAGUCCCAAGUUUUAAGAAUGUUUUUUCUGUCUAUGGCUACAGUGUAUGUAAUAUAUAUACAUAUAUAACAAAGAAAGGUGCCUAUUGUUUUUUCCAAGCUUUUGCCUGGGCACCACGGGACACAAUGGCUGCAAUAAACCCUGGAACUAUUUUCAUUUUGAUUAAUAUGUUUACUAUGUAAUGUUCAGUGCUUGUAAUUGGAAAAGCAUGGUUUUAUGCCUUUGAUUUGCUUUGUGUGACAUGUGCUUUCUACUACUCCUAAAAAUGAAUACUUGAAAAACGUUGUGACCAAGCAAUCAUUUCGAACUUGAAGUUUGACUUUGACUUUGUUUGUAGUGAAUGCUUUUUGUAAUGUCAUGGAAACUAUAUAUUUUUAAAAGGUAUGUUAUUGAUGGGUAAACCAGUGAGAAGAUAAUUCCCCAUCAUUAGCCAGAAGCUUCUGAAAUCUCUGCAUGUAAUUUCCUGAUUGGUUUCAAAAACAUCUGAGAUGUAGACCUAAAACCAUUGUCAUCAAUUACUUGCCCAGGGUCAGACUACUGAAUUUAAAGGUUGUCACUAAAGAAAGGGCAGUGUCAAGAAAAUACACAUGUAAUAUGCAUGUUCAAGAGAUUAUGAGCUGCUCAGAAAUUGAGUAAUCCCAUUGGAACUACAGCCCUGAUAGUUGCAAUUUCCCAGAAUCCUCACUGAUUGACCCACAACACAACAUGCUGUACAUGCAAAUAUUGUUGCCAUCUCAUCUAAGGUUGUUAGUGUACCACUUCGUAUCAUAAUUUCGCAAGCAAUUAAAAAAAAAGAAUGUACAUGUUUUAAUCAGGUCAGUGUGUGCUGUAUGUAUAAAUAGUGUUUUUUUAUCCUUAAAUUAUAAAUACAUUUAACUAAUCAGGACUCCUGUAGCAUUCAUUUGGGAAGUACAGUAAUAAAGUGGUUUCUGAGA